GCUGCUGGGUGUGACCCCAAAACAAAUAAAGAGUGGUGGUGGGAAAAAGCUAGUUUUGAUAGGUUUCUUGUACUGUUGGGAAAUGAAGAAAUUAAAACUCAAGGAACUAGAGAGUCGCCUGCAACAAGUAGAUGGGUUCGAAAAGCCCAAAGUACUUCUAGAACAGUAUCCGACCAGGCCGCAUAUUGCAGCAUGUAUGCUCUAUACAAUCCAUAAUACGUUUGAUGACAUUGAAAAUAAGAUGGUUGCAGAUCUAGGAUGUGGUUGUGGAGUGCUUAGCAUCGGCGCUGCAAUGUUAGGAGCGGGAUUAUGUGUUGGAUUUGACAUAGAUGAAGAUGCACUGGAAAUAUUUAGUAGGAAUCUGGAAGAGUUUGAGUUAACAAAUGUUGACAUGAUUCAAUGUGAUAUGUGCUCAUUAUCUAACAGAAUGUCUAAGUCAUUUGAUACAGUAAUUAUGAAUCCUCCCUUUGGAACCAAGAAUAAUAAAGGGACUGAUAUGGCUUUUCUGAAGACUGCUUUGGAAAUGGCAAAAAAUGCAGUUUAUUCUUUACACAAAUCUUCAACUAGAGAGCACAUUCAAAAGAAAGCUGCAGAAUGGAAAAUCAAGAUAGACAUCAUUGCAGAGCUUCGAUAUGACUUGCCAGCACUGUAUAAAUUUCAUAAAAAAAAAUCUGUGGACAUUGAAGUGGACUUAAUUCGGUUUUCUUUUUAAGUCUUCCAAAACAAGCUGCAUAAUAACAAAUUAAAGUGAAUUAAAUUUUUUUUGGUUAUUAAACUACUGGUCUCCAGCACCA